UUGAAGGAUUUGGGAUCCAAUUAUAUAUCUCAAACGGCAACUCAGAGCUCCCAUUACUGUACCAUGGCUAGUCCCUUCAGCCCGUCGGAGCAAGUAAAGCCCUUAGCCCCAACAUCGAGAUAUAACGUUCGCAGCCAUGAUUUGGAAGACGACGUCAGUUCCCUCCACAUAAAGGUCAGCCAAAGAAAAUAUGUCCAGUGCUGCGGCCUCGCCGCCGCCAUGUUCUUGAUUCUCGCCGUAAUCGCCAUCGUCCUCGGCUUCACUGUCUUCCACGUGAGAGGCCCUAAGAUCACGAUGAACGGCGUUAAGAUCGGACAGCUGACGAAUGCUAACGGAAGUUUACAGACAGGUAACAUCACUCUUAUGGCGGAUGUCUCGAUCAAGAACCCUAACGUGGCAUCGUUCAAGUAUGAAAACACGACCACUUUGGUUUACUUCCACGGGACUGAGGUCGGCGAGGGGAGGAGCCCGGCGGGGGUGGCCAAGGCAAGGAGGACGAUGAGUAUGAACGUGACGGUGGAUAUUUUCCCGGCGAAGAUCCUGGCCCAGCCGGAGUUUGCCAAAGAGUCUGCGGCGGGGGCGUUGACUAUGACUAGCUUCACGAGGGUUCACGGCAAGGUGAAAGUUGUUAUGGUGAAGAGGAAUAUUGUGGUUGAGCUGAAUUGUACCAUGACAUACAAUAUUACAAGCGGAGAUACUCAGGGAGAUAAAUGCAAACGGCGAGUUAUACUAUAGGAACUGUUAAUUGUUGAGUUUGAGUUUGAUUUUUCUUUUUUCUUUUUUUUGUGGGUUGAAAAAUAUCUGGCGAUUGAUAAUUCAGGUUGCACAGAACAGUGUAUAUAUUUCUCUAUUGUGCUUCAUAGCAAUAUAAAACUAGAGACAUGCAAGUUUAUAACAGCAGUCGUUGUAUGCAAACGCUUUAAUUAGCUAAUA